ACAAUUUCAAUAAGUUUGACGUAUUUUUUUAACAUCUAUUUUUUUUUUCUCUUAUCGCAGUGAAACAUGUACGCGACUGUUAACGUCGCGUUGCUGCGCAUGCAGUGCGAUUUGUUCCUUCGUCUGAAAACUCUGCGACCUAGUCUGGCGCACUGUCAUACGCAUUAACUAUCACGUCGACGCGUUUACGAAACUCGAUUAAUUUCUGUUCUACAUUGAAUUUGACGUCGCAGUCGCAGUACAUGUGGCAAGGGUGACAUGAGUGUUUACGUCGAUUAACAAAAGCAGUAUAUUGGUUUCGAACGUUCUUGUCAUUAUUUUUACAUAUAUAUGCGAUGUAAAUACGUAGAUCAUAUUAUUAGCUAUAGCGAAGCGUUAUUUCAUCUCAAGUUUCACGUUGAGUCACUUUAAAAUGCAUUACUGAGGAAAAGAAUGAUGCAGAAAAGGAUAUCUUGAUAGAAGAAAAAAAUCAAUUUAUUUUCUAGGUAGUUGGUUUUUUUUUCAAUUUUUGUCAACCUGGCAAAGAUGGAAGAGGAAGAGGAAUAUUUUCAGCCAAUCCUGAGUUCCCAGGAGGAAGACAAUUUUCAGAGGUUAAACACUGUGCCAAUUGUAUCGAUUCCAUUUUUGCUCGGAGUUUCUUUGGAAAUCACUGGAAUUGUGUUCGUCUCUGUUUGGCCAGAGGAGCAGAACAAGUGUGACACAUAUUUUAUAUACUUAUACCUUCACUGUGCCUAUUGGCUGAUAGUCAUGGUGACAGACCACAUUGUCAAGGCGAGGCAUCAUAAGUUGCGUAUCGAUGGCUACCUAGAUUUCUAUCAAAUGACAUAUCGACUCAUAAGGACGCCACUUUUUAUUACAUCGUUAUGGAACACGUGUUACUUACUCUUAGCUGUGAUCCUGCAUCACACGCACAAAGUUGACUAUGAGCGAUACUGCAAAGCAUCAGAAUGGUUUACACCACUCAAUUACAUUUUUCUCUUGACUAAUGUGGAACUUGUGAUAAUUUUGCCAGCUUACAUUAACUAUAUCAAAAGAGUUAUGAGAUUCAAUCGAUUGCGUCCACCCCCCGACGUCCUUCGCGACGAAUGGAUGUCGCCCUUUAUAGAAGAUUCCUAUGCCGGAAUGGGGGAAGUCGGUUACCGUCAAAGGGGAAUGGAUUUGCAGGAACUGUUGGAAAAGCAGGCAGACUUGAUAAGAUAUCUGAGGGAUCACAAUGUAAAACUAAGUCAUAGAAUAAUGGAAUUAGCGUCUCAACGUACAGCGACGGCAGUGACGGAAUCGUAAAAUAAUAAAAAUUGUGAUCAUAUAUCUCUCUCACGAUUGACAUUGUAAUUUAGAAUCAUGACACUGGCGAUCAAAGUUUUGCCUAACAAUUUAAUUCUUUGAUUCUUGAUACAUAAUGAUAUUUUUUAUUCAAUGAUAAAGUGAUUUAACGAAUAUAUGUAUCUGAUGCAAUCAAAAAUUAACGCAUAAAAGCCACAAAAUUAUGAGAAAAAUAUAUGCGUUACUUUUGAUUUAUAUCUCGUACAUCUAUUUGUAUUUCAAAAAAUCUAAUAUUUUUAUUGCAUGAGUUGCUAAAAAAUUAUACUUCGUAUUGUCGCGUUGUCUUGCAUAUUUCGCGAUCUAUUUCGGUCUAAUUAGUCACAAGUUGUUUUACAUCAUAUUUUACAAACGUAUCUUUAUCUAUCAUAUUAUUAUGUGAAAUGAAUUGCUUUUACCUCUUUAACGUAUUUUUUAAGUAUUAUAAUUGUAUAUCUAGUUCUAAAUACUAUUGCAAAUAAUAGAUUUGAGUUAUCAAUGCAACAGGCAUCCCUACUGUUAUUGUAUAAUAUAUUGUUUACAUAGCUGUAGUUAAUUGGCAAAGUAUUUCUUUCAAAUGUGAUUGCAUUUGUGAACACAUCACAAAGUUCGGCCUGUUUGAGAAAAGGAUAAAAUAUGGUUGAUGCAAGAAAGAGAAUGCAAAUACAUGUCCAUUGUCAACUCAAUAAAAUAUAUGUAUAUUUUUUCCAGUA